AUGGAGACAGGGGGUUUUGGGGUGUCCCUGUCCCCGGUCUCAGAGCUCAGGGGGGUUUUGGGGUCACCUCCCUGUCCCGUAGCGGGUUUGGGGUGUCCCUGUCCCCAGUCCCCCAUCACGGAAGGGUUUUGGGGUCACCGGGGGUUUUGGGGUGUCCUUGUCCCACCCAUCUCUGUUCUGGGGGUCCUUGACCCCUCCACCGCCCCCCCCCCAUUUUGGGCAUCUUGGGGUGUCUGGGUGUCCUUGACCCCCCCCAAUUUUUGGGGGGGUCCUCGGGUGUCCUUGUCCCUCCCCCCCCCCCAUUUUGGGGGUCUUGGGGGUCCCCAGGUGUCCUUGUCCCCCCCCAGUUUUGGGGUCUUGGGGUCUUUGGGUGCUCUUGACACCAUCCCCUCCCCCCCACCCCAUUUUUGGGGUCCUGGGGGUUUUGGGGUGUCCUUGUCCCCCCCCACUUUGGGGGUCUCUGGGUGUCCUUUUACCCCCCAUUUUGGGGAUCCCCGGGUGUCUCUGUCCCCCACAAUUUUGGGGUCUCUGGGUGUCCUCGUCCCCCCAGUUUUGGGGGUCUCUGGGUGUCCUUGUCCCCCCCAUUUUGGGGGUCUCUGGGUGUUUCUAUCCCCCCCCCCAUUUUGGGGGUCUCUGGGUGUCUCUGUCCCCCCCAAUUUUGGGGGUCUCUGGGUGUCCUUGUCCCCCCCCUUUUGGGGUCCCCGGGUGUCCUCCUCCCCCCAGUUUUGGGGGUCUCUGGGUGUCUCUGUCCCCCCCAAUUUUGGGGGUCCCCAGGUGUUCUUGUCCCCCCCAUUUUGGGGGUCUCUGGGUGUCCUCAUUCCCCCAAUUUUGGGGGUGUCUGGUUGUCUCUGUCCCCCCCAUUUUGGGGGUCCCCGGGUGUUUCUAUCCCCCCCAUUUUGGGGAUCCCCGGCUGUCUCUGUUCCCCCCCCCUAUUUUGAGGGUCCCCACGCCCCUCCCCCUCCCCCAUUUUGGGGUCCCCACCUGUCCCUUGCCCCCCGUCCCCCCCUCCCCCCCCCGGGCUGUGUUUGAGGGGAGGGGUCCCCACAUCCCCUCCCCCCCUUUUUGGGGUUCCUCAUCCUUCUUGGGGGGAUGGGGUGGUCCCAAACCAGGGGGGACCCCCCGAGGGGGGGGG